CGAGUAGAAGCGGAGAAGAUCACGUAAUUGCACAGCUUCUAAUCAACUCAGCCUCCAUGUUCUCCUUCCACUUUUCUUGCCCGUCACCGUACAGCACGCAUCACCCCACAUGAAAUUACACCCGUAUCGAUGUCACCGACUCUCGCCUCCUCGCACCCAAGUGAUCAAAGCCCCAUAUAUUCGCAAUGCCCAAACUCGUUCAACCAAUCAGUCUCUACCGCUCUCUCCUCCGCGCAGCCCACUCCUUCUCAGCCUACAACUUUCGCGACUACGCCCUCCGCCGCACGAAGGAUGCCUUCCGGGCGAAUCGUGAUUUGUUUGGUGAAGCAAGAGAUAAGGCGCUGCAGACGGGUGCGAAUGAACUGAAGAGGAUGAAGAGGCAGGCUGCUAUUAGUGGGAUGUACCAAACUGAUCGGUUGGUUGUCGAGGGUGGUCUGGAAGGAAAGGACAAGGGUGGUCGGGCACGAGUUAAGGACCAGGGAUGGGAUUAAGCUGUCGAUCUCAAACCGGCAAAAGGACGCUGUCAGUGCCGUGAGAAAGAGGCCGG